AUGCCUAAGCGAUCACAAUUCGAAUUUAUUGAUGGUUCACCUGCUCACACACAGGUAGAGAAGGAACUUAUCAAAGCUCAAGCGAGGUCGCACGCUGCCAAAGAGUCGCAUGCGAGGCGGAGAAUGGUAUUUCGCAACAAAGGACUUUCUGGAAAGCAAUACCGAGUUGUUCAGCAAACCACAAAACUUCAAACUCUGCCUACUAUCAAUGGGUCCCAUGAGUACCGGCCCUUACGAAAAGGUUCCCAGUCCGCUUAUGUUACCUCUGGCCAGUCGAUCUGCAAUCUUUGUGGAUAUCGCAAACGCCAUCUCCGUGGCUAUCAGUCCGACAGCCAUAAGCACCCGAGCUGUGGAUGUGAAUAUCAAACAGAGUUUGAAAGUUUUCGAAUGAUGUUCAACCGUCCAGCGCUUUGGCCUGACUGGGAUUCUGAGGAAGUUGUCGAUCUACAGUUCUUCAUCGAAGUAUUAGGUACCAGUGUUCGGAGUUACUCAGAUGGCGGAUUCUUCAACAUCGUCGUUCCUUGCCUCGCCAACUUCGAUGUUGGGAUUCGAAACCUCGUCUUGGCGGUAGCUUGCACCCACCGGAACAUACUGAGCCCGAAACAGAUGGACCCUGCGGCCUCCAAAAUCAAAGCUCUCAAGAGGUGCAAUAGUGCCGUUGACCUCCUCGCCAAAAGCUCUGACGUCACACCAUCUGAAGCCUUGCAAGCGUCUUGCAUUCUACUAGCAUGCUGGUAUAUGUUGAGACUAGAUUCCAAAGGCGCUGCCAACUGUAUGCGCGUGGCAGAGAAACUAUGCCAUAUGGACAGCAAUUUGCAACUCAGCAGUCGAAUGGUAUCGGCACGAAAUACUACAGACCCAGAAGCGACCAGCAACUAUCGAAGAUCGACAUUUGCUACCAUCAUAACAGGGGUCGUGGCCAAGAAGCUUAUCGACACGGCGACCAUUUCCGUUUAUCAUACGUGGACUGAAAGCCAGAAUUACCUUGCCCUUGAACUCAACUUAAGCUCUCACUGGUUUCGAUAUCCGAUCAGAGAUACCCAUGACUUGCUAGGGAGCAUUGAAAUCCUUUCUCCAUUCUACACACAGCUUAGGGCGAAUGUCGCAUAUCAUGCAUGUAUCAGUCGUAGCUCGAGUAUUGUACAAGACUUGCUGGGCCACAUCGAGAAGAUAGCGACAGCAUUGAACAUGGCAACUGGAUCCAAUGAGCAUAUCGCCUUUGUGCUGAAUGUCAUCUGGUACUGGCUUACCUACUAUUACACUGGUUUUCAUUGUCAUGUGUUAUCAGCCUCCGAAAUGUCUUGGGACAAGUACACCAUCGAGUUUGUAGCCCUCGUUGUGCGGGCCGAGAGGUAUCUUUCGCAAAGAGCGUCGCAGAAGUCAUCCCGCUACAUCUUUCUACCUGUUGGGACCAUCGUCCAACCCCUGUGGUUCACAGCGGUCCACUGUCGAGAGCCUACAAUCCGGAGACGUGCAAUUUCUCUGUUACUCAAGCACCACUAUAACGAGUCGGGCGUGGAUAGCUGGCUGGCUGGCCAAGUCGCGCGGGAGCUUGUGUAUCUCGAAGAAAACCAACGAGAUGUCCGUACCGCUUUGGACGUCGACGAAUGCGAUCGAGUCCUGUUGCGCGGAUUCAAGUGUGAACAUGGGCAGCUAUACCUCCUAUACAUAUACGCUACCGACGUCGGGCAACCCGAAAGCACCAUUAUGCACCGCCAUCCCUUUUCAAUCCCAAAAGAUCCGCACGGAGUGGUGGAUUCUAUGAGAAUGAAUACCGAUGUCUCAUACCUCCACUUCUUGGUGGCACUAGUUGCUCAAACCAUGUCAGAUCUAGCUCCGAGAGGUUCUCUUGUUCCGAUACUACGAUGA